UUUAAAUUUUGCACCGGAAGUCUGAUGAAUACAAAAGUAAAAGUAGAAUAAGCCUAGAAGACAAUGUAAACACAUUUUCAUUGAAUUUUCAAAGAUGUCGUUUGCUUUCAAUUUCGAAGACCCAAAUAGUGAAUGCUCCGUCGAGGGCUCGCUGCGUGUUGAAAAUGCUCAUAAAAAAGACCAAGAAAGUCUCUCAGAUCAUGGCAGCCAGACUAAAAGGAAACCCACGGUUGAAAUGAAAGAGUUUUAUGGGGAGGAAAUUGUUAAAAAGCUAACCCUGAAGUCACUUGAAUUUGGUGACUGCAUGCUCAGAAUUGUUGACACCAGUUGCCUGGAACAGAUGGUUCUUAAUGACAAAGAACUACAGAAACUUUUGGACACUUCUCAUGUCUUACAGGCUGUUUGCUCCCAUAGUGAUCUUGUCUCUGGCUCCUAUGAAGGAGGUUUAAAGAUAUGGGAGUGUGCCUUUGAUCUCACAGAGUUUUUAAGUACAAAACUGCAAGGAUUGUCCCUUGGCAUAAAAGAUAAAUCAGUGCUAGAACUUGGCUGUGGAGCUGGAUUGCCAGCUUUGUUCUGUCUGAAAAGUGGUGCAAAACAAGUGCAUUUUCAAGACUAUAAUGAAGAAGUCCUCAAACUGCUGACGUGUGUCAAUGUGAGACUGAGCACAGAGAAUACUGACCUUGAGGAACGGUGCAGAUACUUUGCUGGAGACUGGUCUUCAUUUUCUGAUUUGUCUGACAGAGAAAAGUUGAAAUAUGACAUCAUUCUCACAGCUGAAACCAUCUACAAUGAGGAAAAUUACUCAAAACUUCAUGCUUUGUUUGAUGCUGUGCUCAAAGAAAAUGGUUUCAUACUUCUUGCUGCAAAAUCGUAUUAUUUUGGAGUUGGAGGGAGUAUUGAAGGGUUCCUGGAAUAUGUUGGCAGUAUGGGCAUGUUCUCGUCAGAGACUGUGCAUACUGUUGCUAAAG